GUCAGGGAGGUCUCAGCACGGAUGGACGGGACACACAUUAAUGGAUUCGAUGAGAAGAAUGGACAUGCCAAGGAGAAUGAUGUGGGGGCGGUAUACCGACAGGAAGGCGAGGCGCCACCGCCCGAGUAUGAUGAAUCUUUAAGAUAGACAAACCUGUGACGCGUUUCAUCUCAUUUCAUUCCAUGCAUCAUGUUCUUCAAAAAGGCAUUGUAUGCUGCUGUCGUGGUGGUGGGGACUUAUCCCGUUAUACUGACCCUGCUGUGCAUACCAACGCUUCAGCGAGAGCUGCUGUUCCUGAACCGGAUCAAAUUUCCAUUCUUUGUGAAUUAUGAUCGACCCGAAGAUCUCGGACUGGCUCGUGGGUUGCGGUUCGGAGCCAAGCUGAAGAGAACAGCUUUCAAGGUGCGGAAUUUAUACCUAAGCACGAGCGAUGGAGAAAAGCUCGGCGCAUGGCAUGUCUUACCUCGGACGGUGUAUCGGCAGAGACACGUAGGGUUUGACCAAGCCUUUUCACAGAGGCCGACUAUCAUCUACCUCCAUGGGAACGCCGGUACUCGCGCUACAGGCUACAGAGUACGGACAUACAGCGCCAUGUCGAGUGUACUGGACUGCAACGUCCUGGCCAUUGAUUAUCGAGGAUUUGCCGAUUCAACAGGGACUCCCUCUGAGGUAGGACUUGUCAGGGAUGCUCAAGCGGCGUGGGACUAUGUCAUCGAAAGGUCAAACAACCGAGCCGAUAUCAUCCUUGUCGGGCACAGUCUCGGAACAGGAGUCGUUUCGGGUCUGGCGGGCAAGCUGGCAUCAGAGGGUAUUUCGCCCAAGGCCAUUGUGUUAAUCGCUCCUUUUGCAUCGGUCCGAGAACUCCUCAGAUUAUAUAGGUUGUUCUUCGUACUGCCAUUAUUGAGUCCGCUCAAAGCAUUUCCAAAAGCGCAGGGUGGGUGGUAUGAUGACUCCGCUCACAGCUUAGACUAUCUCCUGAACUUCUUCGCGUACCCCUUCGAUUCCAGGACGGCGCUUCAGAACGUUUCGUGUCCGGUCCUCAUCGUCAACGCAAAGAACGACCUGUCCAUCCCGCCGAUCCACUCGCAAAUCUUGUUCAACGAGCUGAAUCGGCGGAAUGAGACUGUGCAACGGAAAGGCGACGACUGGGGCACCAUCUCCACAUUUGGCGACGUGGUUUGGUUUGAGGGUCAGCAUGGGGGUCACAAUCGCAUAGGCGUGACAGAAGGGACAAUUGAUCUCAUUGCGGACAUUGCAGGGCUGUGAUGCAUGCACAUGUGCGCGGCUGCGGCGCCGAUAAGGCGAGCCGGUCUCUGCGG